AUGAGCACCGAACAGGUCUACUACAUCGGUAUCGAUGUAGGGACUGGGUCCGCCCGGGCUUGUGUCAUCGAUGCAUCUGGCGAGAUCAAGGGACUGGCGUCCGAGGACAUUCGGCUCUGGAAAGUGGCAAAUGGCCACGAGGAUACGCACUAUGAGCAAUCGACGACGGACAUCUGGAAGCACAUCUGCGGCGCUGUCCGCACGGCUGUCGCCCAGGCUGGAAUCUCCGACGAUGGCACGGCGGCGAUUCGCGGCAUUGGCUUCGAUGCCACCUGCUCCUUGGCCGUUCUCAGCCACGACACGGACGAGCCGAUGAGCGUUGCUAAGGCGCGGCUGGGCAAGGAGGACCCGGAGGAUCGCAACGUCAUCCUGUGGCUGGAUCACCGCCCUCUUGAGGAGACGGAUGCGAUCAACGCGACUGGCCACAACCUGCUGCGCUAUGUCGGCGGAACGAUGAAUGUGGAGAUGGAGGUGCCCAAGGUGCUGUGGCUCAAGAACAACAUGCCGGCCGACGUGUUUGCACGCUGUAAAUUUUACGAUCUGGCCGACGCCCUGACGCACCUGGCUACGGGCUCGGAGACUCGCAGCUUCUGCAGCACCGUGUGCAAGCAAGGUUACGUCCCGGUUGGCGUCGACGGAAGUGUCAAGGGCUGGCAGGAGGAAUUUUUACGCGCGAUCGGGCUGGGAGAGCUGGCAGACGAUAAUUUUAAGCGUGUCGGCGGCGUCAACGGGGUGAACGGACAGUAUCUCUCUGCCGGCGAGCUGGUAGGCCCGCUUUCAGCCAAGGCCGCCGGUGAGCUGGGCCUGCCAGCCGGCAUUGCCGUCGGCAGCGGCGUGAUUGACGCCUAUGCCGGAUGGAUCGGCACCGUUGGCGCCCGCGUCGACCUGGGUGGCGCCGAUGCGGAUGUGGUCAGCAAGCCGGGCGCCAACGACAUAUCCCAGGCAUUCACUCGCCUCGCCGCGGUCGCUGGAACAUCGACCUGCCAUCUGGCCAUGUCGCGGGAUCCCUUCUUUGUCGAUGGUGUUUGGGGCCCUUACCGUGACGUCUUGCUGCCCGACUUCUGGAUGGCCGAGGGCGGCCAGUCGGCCACAGGCGAGCUGAUCCGCCAUGUCAUCGAGACGCAUGCAGCAUAUGCUGAGGUGACGGCAGCCGUUGCUGCACAGACGCAGAAGACUAAUAUCUACGACUACCUGAACGGGCGCCUACACGCGAUGGCUGCUGCCGAUGGAUCCCCCGCUGUCAGCUACCUGGCUCGCCACCUUUUCUUCUACGGUGACCUCUGGGGCAACCGGUCACCGCUGGCCGAUCCGCACAUGCGCGGCGCUCUCGUGGGGAUCAGCAACACCAGCAGCAGCGCUGACGGGCUGGCGCUGAUGUACUACGCGGCACUCGAGUUUAUUGCACUGCAGACGCGCCAGAUCGUCGACACCAUGAACGCGGCCGGUCACCAGAUGCGCAGCAUCUUCAUGUCGGGCAGCCAGUGCCGCAACGACAUUCUGGUCGGCCUGAUGGCCACAGCCUGCAAGCUGCCUGUGGUCAUUCCGCGCUACGACAGCGCGGCCGUCGUGCACGGAGCGGCUAUGCUGGGAGCGAAGGCGGCCAGCGGUGGAUCAGACGGCAAGACUGAGCCGCUUUGGACAAUCAUGUCACGCAUGACCAGUACUGGCCGCGUGGUGCAGCCGUCUGCGGACGAAGGCGAGACCAAGCUGCUGCAGGCCAAGUACGAGGUGAUGCUGGACCAAUUCAAGACCCAGCGUGCGUAUCGCAACAAGGUGAAUGCGGCUGUCGCAGGGUGGAAGAAGUAA